AUGCCCCACUUCAGCACGGAUGAUUACCACAAACUGCUUCAGAAAAUUGCAGUGCUAGAGACCAAAAUCAACCGAUUAGAAGCAAAUGUGGAUAGAAACGGACGGUGCGGGAAUGAAACAACAUCUUGUGACCAGAACCAUAACACACAGCUGAUCACUAUCGACCAAGAAGACUACGGAUCCUCCAAUGCCUCUUCUUCGGAUUCCCUCGGAGCUAAACCCAAAUCAUCUCACUGGAAUAUGGGAGGACAAGUAACAAGCAGAGCCCAGCACCCUGAGAUCUGUGAUGAGACUGGCUGGCCUAAACUAUCUUCAACACCUGUCCAGCGUAAGAAGCAGCCAUGGAUAGCUGCCAAAGGAGGCCCUAAAAUCAAAAACAAUCUCCCCCCGCAGCAGCCAUCCCUCUCACUGCACAACAGAUUUGCUCCACUGUUACGGAAUCCUGGAUCCUCAUCUCCGCAUAGCAGGGUAAGAUCUGAGAGAAAAUCAAAAAACGGGGAACCUCAAACAUUGAUUGUGGGUGAUUCUGCUAUAAAAGACAUACAAAACAUGAGCAAAAACAGCAAAGUGCUCUGCUUCCCCAAGGAUAUGGUCUGUGACAUAACAGGCAAAAUUCAGGAUAUAGUGGCCUCAUAUCCCUCUCUGACAGCUAUUGUGAUUCACUGUGGAGCUAAUGACAUUGUAACAGAACAAUCUGAAAAACUAAAACGUGAUUUCAGUGAACUAUUAAAAACAGUCAGCUCCCUGAAUGCUCAGGUAUUCAUCAGUGGCCCCCUUCCACCAAUCAAAAGAGGAGAUAUGAGAUUUAGCAGACUUUUUGCCCUGAAUCGAUGGCUAUCUACUGCCUGUACCAAAGUCAACUUUAUUGAUAACUUUAGGCUGUUCUGGGACCGCAGGCAUUACUUCAGAGCAGACGGACUCUCUCUAAACAAAGCUGGAGUGAAACUAUUCACCUCCAACCUGUAUCACUCCCUGCGUCACCCAUCCGUCAAGGACAAGAGACAAGAGGAGAUAAAACACCACGGCCUUGACAGAGAGACGCCUCGGGCCCCCCCGAGCACAAAAAGCUUUGGUUCAAGCCAGAAGGAGGAAUCUGUACUUCUUCUACCACCGCUCUCCUUAGAGGACCCACCCUGCUCAAGCAAGGAGGAGGAAUCUCUACUUCCUGUAUGCCCACCAACCGAGGAAGACAUGCCCUGCCAAACGUCACCCAUAGCAUCCUCCUCCCUGGGCACACCAUCCCCCUCCUCCUCCCUCCUGGAUUUUCCAGCUGAACUGAGAGAACUGGAGAAUGCUGGAGUGAGACUUAGCGGCACGCCUCUCCACCACUCCAGCCACAGGACCGUCCUCCGCCCCAAAUCCACCAAACAGCAACGUGCCCCUCCUCCUCCCCCACGACAAGGAGUACUGCAGCAUCCUCUCCCUCAGCGUGAUAAGAGCACAGGACUAACAGUGAGGAACACCUCGUUCUCAAUAAGCUCUUGCUGA